CAGGUCUCAGUAUUCUGUUAGACGGUAACCGGGUGAUGGAGCUGGCUCUGCUCUACCAGCUCUUCAGUAAGGUGAAGGGAGGACUCCCCACUCUGCUGCAGCACUGGAGAGACUACAUCAAGAGUUUUGGUGGUGAGAUUGUGGGCACCCCAGAGAAGGAUAAGGACAUGGUUCAAGACCUGUUGGACUUUAAGGAUAAGAUGGACAACGUGGCCCAGGGCUGUUUCAACAGAAACGAGAGCUUCAUCAACGCUAUGAAAGAGGCCUUUGAAGCUUUCAUCAACAACAGACCCAACAAACCUGCUGAACUCAUCGCGAAGUACGUGGACUGUAAGUUGAGGGCGGGCAACAAGGAAGCUACCGAGGAGGAGAUGGAGAGAAUUCUAGACAAGAUCAUGAUCAUCUUCCGCUUCAUCCACGGGAAGGAUGUGUUCGAGGCCUUUUAUAAGAAGGACCUGGCCAAACGCCUGCUGGUGGGGAAGAGUGCCUCCGUGGGCUGA